AUGGCCGACUUUGUCAAACUAUCCAUCUUCGGUACCGUCUUCGAGGUCACCACCCGAUAUGUCGACUUGCAACCCGUCGGAAUGGGUGCUUUCGGUCUCGUCUGCUCCGCCAACGACCAGCUCACAAACACAUCUGUGGCCAUCAAGAAGAUCAUGAAGCCCUUCUCCACUCCAGUUCUCUCCAAGCGAACUUACCGUGAACUCAAAUUGCUCAAGCACAUCCGUCACGAGAACAUCAUCAGUCUCAGCGACAUUUUCAUCUCGCCUCUUGAAGAUAUCUACUUUGUCACUGAGCUCCUUGGUACCGAUCUUCACCGUCUUCUCACCAGCCGACCGCUCGAAAAGCAAUUCAUCCAGUACUUCUUGUAUCAGAUCCUCCGUGGUCUCAAGUACGUCCACUCGGCAGGUGUCGUCCACCGUGACUUGAAACCAAGCAACAUUCUCGUCAACGAGAAUUGCGAUCUCAAGAUUUGCGAUUUCGGUCUCGCUCGUAUCCAAGACCCUCAGAUGACUGGAUACGUCAGCACACGAUACUACCGUGCUCCCGAAAUCAUGCUCACCUGGCAAAAGUACGACGUUGCCGUCGACGUCUGGAGUGCAGGAUGCAUCUUUGCCGAGAUGCUCGAAGGCAAGCCCCUCUUCCCAGGCAAGGACCACGUCAACCAGUUCUCCAUCAUCACUGAGCUCCUCGGCACACCACCAGAUGAGGUAAUCAAGACCAUCUGCUCCGAAAACACGCUCCGUUUCGUCCAGUCCUUGCCCAAGCGCGAGCGUGUUCCCUUCUCGCAAAAGUUCAAGAAUGCAGACCCUAUGGCAUUGGAUUUGCUCGAAAAGAUGCUCGUCUUCGACCCGAGAACGCGUAUCAGCGCCGCUGAGGCUCUUGCGCAUCCAUACCUCGCUCCUUACCACGACCCUACUGACGAGCCCGAGGCUGAGGAGGCAUUCGACUGGUCGUUCAACGACGCCGACUUGCCUGUUGACACAUGGAAGGUCAUGAUGUACUCCGAGAUCCUCGACUUCCACAACAUUGACAACUCGGGUCAGGACGAGGGUCCCGUUCCUCCUGUCAACAACUAA